ACAUGUCACACCAUAUGGACGGCCAGUUUGAUGACGCGGACGAUAACUCAGUGAAUGGUAUAACUGAUCCCAUAUCGCAGCUGAAGAUUAAUGGUGUUAAUGAUGACGAAUGGGAGGCCGAAGAAAGCGAUGAUUUGGAUGAAAGUGAAUACAUAGAGGAAGGCGUGGGAAUGGAUAUGAGAGGCGAUUAUUGCGGCAAUAAGUUUGAGACAAAUACCAAACGAUUGUCGAAAUACGAGAAUCGCAUAAAUUGUGACAAAUAUUGGAUUCCUUUGAAAACAUUGAAUAUAUUGAACGAAACGGACCGUCGAUUGGAUGGCGAGAGGAAACGAGUUAAAGACAAAUCUGAUCGUUCGACUCAAGAACAGGUCUUGGAUCCGAAGACACGGAUUAUUUUGUUUAAAUUGAUUAAUCGCCACCUCAUUGAACAAAUCAAUGGUGUGAUCAGUACCGGCAAAGAGGCCAAUGUAUAUCACGCCACGAGUCGCGACGGCGUCGACAAAGCCGUCAAAAUAUAUAAGACAUCUAUUCUUACGUUCAAAGACAGAGACAAAUACGUGAGCGGAGAGUUCCGCUUCCGAUACGGCUAUUGUCGACACAAUCCCCGAAAAAUGGUCAGAACUUGGGCUGAGAAGGAGAUGCGAAAUCUCUCGCGUAUAUACCAGUCGGGCAUCAAUUGUCCGCAGCCUUACUGUCUUCGCGCUCACGUUCUUGUGAUGGACUUUAUCGGCACUAAUGGACUGCCGGCUCCACUUCUCAAAGACGUGGACUUAAGCGAAUCAAAGGCCAGACAAUUGUAUUACGAAUGCAUUGUUAUAAUGAGACGGAUGUUCAAUGAGUGCCGUUUAGUUCACGCGGACUUAAGUGAAUUCAAUCUACUGUACAACGAGUCGAUGCUAUAUGUGAUCGAUGUCUCCCAGUCUGUGGAAUCAGACCAUCCGAUGGCUUUGGACUUUCUCCGGAAGGACUGCACGAAUGUUAACGAAUUCUUUCGCAAAAAAUCCGUCCCAACGAUGACUACGAGAGAGUUGUUUGACUUCAUUACUGAUCCCAAUAUUAACAGUGAAAAUAUUGACACAUAUUUGGAAAAGUGUCAACAAAUAGCCGCCAAUAGAACUGAUACAGAAUCAGAAGAACAGCACAAAGUGGACGAAGAAGUGUUUAAAAAGGUAUAUAUUCCGCAACGACUGCAAGAAGUGGCCAAUUAUGAGAAGGAUGUCUCCAAAGAGGACAAGAAAGAGGUAUUUUACAAAACGAUAACAGGUUUGAGGGAUGACCUGAAGGGACCGACUCUUAUCCCUUCAAUACUUGAUAAUAAAAAUGAAGAAUCAGACGACAGUUCAGACGACGAUAAGAGCUCUCAAUCGCAAGAAUCAAAUGAAAACAAAGGUUAUGUUCAUUCGUCGCGACCUAAAGAUGAGACCACAGAAGAGAAAAAGUUAAGAAAAAACGCUUUAAAAGAAGAGAAGAGAGAAAAACGUAAGAAUAAAUUACCAAAACAUGUGAAGAAACGAAAGGAAAGAUUGGGCAAAAAAUCCACAUAAAAAUUAAAUAUUUUUAUUAAUAAAAUUUUAUUCAGAAAA